UGCUGCAGCGAGCGAGAAGAUGGAGGAGCUCAGGGUGGGCAGCGUCCUGCUCACCGGCUGCGAUGGGGGCCUGGGCCUGGGGCUGCUGAAGGGCUUGUUGGAGCAGCGCAGACCCCCUCAGCACCUCUUUGCUGCUUGCCUGGACCCCCAGGGGAAGGCUAUCAAUGAGGUGGCUUUGGGCAACCCCAGCGUCAUGGUCCUGCCUCUAGACGUGACAGAUCCCAACAGCAUCAAGGCAGCUGUCAGGAAGGUGCAGGAGAAGGUGGGAAGCACCGGCCUCAACCUCCUGAUCAACAACGCCGGCACCACACGCCGCAGCACGCUGGCCACUGAGACGGCAGAGAACAUGGCCCUUGUCUACACCACCAACACCAUCGGCCCCCUGCAGACAAGCCAGGCAUUCCUGCCCCUGCUGAAGGAGGCGGCUGAGGCUGAAGGGCAACAUGAGAUGAGCUGCAGCAGAGCUGCCAUCAUCAACAUCUCCAGCAUCCUGGGCUCCAUCGAGGCAGGGGAGGCCUGGGAGGAGAGGCAAGACAUCUGCUACCGCUGCAGCAAGGCUGCUCUGAACAUGCUCACAAAGUGCCUGGCCCUGGAGUACGGGGGCAGAGGGAUCCUCUGUGUGUCCGUGGACCCUGGUUGUGUGACGCCUCCCUUGGGACAGGGGAUGGGCCCAGUGACGAUGGAGGAGAGCGUGCAGGGUGUCCUGCGGCUGCUGGCACGGCUCUCAGGCACCAGCAAUGGCACCUUCUGGGACUGGAGGGGGCAGAGCCUGCCGUGGUGAGAGCAGCACCCUGUCUUGGUGGCCACUGAUGUCAAUAAAGUGAAUUAAUUGCCAUUUCCAGGCUCUCUCUGCCUGUAUAGGGUGAGAACAGGGAUCCCCUACUUGGGGGUGGGAGCUGAGGUUGCUGCACCUCCAGGGAUGCAGAGCUGGACCAGGGAAGCAGAGGGAAGGAUGCUCCAGGAUUGGUCCUGCAUGCUGGUGUCAGGCUCUGCUGGGACAGCCCUGAGGCCAAAGGAUCCCCUUGGGCAUGUUCACACUGCAGCCCCAUUCUAAUAGCCCAUAAGCCACACUCACUGGUGGCCUGAGGGCAUCCCAGAGAGCCCCAAAACCACAGUCAUGGGGCAGCGUUACUGGAGCCUGGGUCUCUCCCUGCUGAGCCUGGCUUCCCCAAAACCGGGUGGCAUUUCUGUACCCACCAUGAGGAUGCUGAGGGCUUUAUUUUCCUCCUGGCUCAAGCCCAGCAAAAGCUCUUCCUUUUCCAGCAGCUGUGGAUUUCACAGCAGGAGCAUCUCCCAUGUCUCUGGGGAUGUCCUUUGGGACCUCACCCUGAGAUG